CUCCAUGUUUUUCCUAUAUUUUAAUGAAAGAAAUUUACCAGUUUGUACAAUUUACUCGUAAUCUUACUAGUCUCUCCUCUAGGAGUGUGUGUGACACUGGUUAGAGCAGAAACACGUGUUUAAAGUUUUGGACUUCAGACAAUUUUUGCAAGGAGCAAUAUGUUGGAAGGUGACUUUUCGGAGAAGAAACUCACGGUGCAAGUAACGUCAUCUGAGAAAGUUUCGAGAAGAGUCUUAAGUGAAUCCUUUGGAAUUGACCUUUGCAAACAUCCAGAAUGUCAGGAAGUAAAAAACUCCCGUUUCGACGUAACAAGGUGGUUAUAUACGUGUACUUUCGAUUGCGAACAGAAUAUCGAAACGUUUUUGUACGCGGUGGACCGCUUCUGCAAGCACUUCAAACCAAAUGGCUAUGUGAGCGGAGAAACCUUACUGGACGAGAUUCAAGAUAUCGUCGAGUUAGACCAUAAAUAUCUGGAGGUUGAUCAUUUUGCUCUCGGCCAUUGGAGUGAUUUGGACAUUUUCAUAGAGCGCUUCACAAGUGUGCCAACAAAGGACUGGCAGGCUAGGUUACGGAGAAUUCAAGCCAGCUUUUAUCACGACCGUGGCAACCUGGAAAUCUACUUCAGAGACGAUAUCAGAGGGUCUACUAGUAAAUUUCCACCUGUGUAUAAACUUUUAGUGCGCUACGCUGACAUUAAAAAAAUCGUCACCUGUCGCAAAUUGAGACACAAAGACACAUUUUAUGAUUGCAAUAACAAACGGGAACCCAUGGAAUUGUACCUACACGUAUCGAGCGUAUUGGCGUUUAGGUGGAAUUCAGUAGGAGAAGAUGCAUACGAGAAUUUUUUCGAAGGGCUGUGGACUCGGCAGGUCAGCUUCGGAACGCUAGGCACAUCUACUCGAUGCAACCACGUUGGGGAAAACAGAGUAUUUAAAAUCAAACUUCAGCAUAAAGGGACGCAGGAAGCAGAAGCUAUUUAUUCGCUAUUUCGUGCUUCCGGUGCUCCAAUGGUGUUUGCAAACGUCAAGUGUGUCGAAAUUCGAAAAGAAAAUAUUCAGCCACUUCCUAAAGAGAAGCUCUCAGACGAGCUACAAUAUGCAAUCCAGUGCAUUCAGAGCAUAGCACCAGAACUAUCUAUUCAAAUUCACUUAAAGAACAUCCGAAAAGAUAUUCAAGGUACGUUUGAGAGUUUUGCCAAAAAAAAUAAGGCUGCAUUUUUCGAUUCACUUUACGAAAUCUACUACGAAGCGAAAAAGGGCUUUAUUAUAGAUCUCAAGACGGCUAUUGAGGAUACGUUUAGACGAAACUGCCAGGCCAAUCAGAGCGGCCAACAUAGUGGAAUAACACAAAACUUAUUACCCAUGGAACUAUGUUUAGUUAAAAAGGCUACAGUUUGUCCGAGCAAAAUCAUUUUUGAACCUCCGACGAUUGUCCGGGCAAGCCCUUUACUACGUCAGUGUGACCUUAGUCGCGUAUUGUUGGUUGAUCUUCGUGAUGAUAACUUCACUAAAAUCCAAACAACAGGAAGGUAUGAGACAGAGGAACUCAUUGAAAACUCACUCAAGGUAAAAAUUCAGAAGGGUCUAAAAAUUGGAAAAAAGAAGUAUACUUUUCUUGGCGCUUCAAGAGAGCAAUUCAGCGAACAUUGUUUUUGGAUGUACGAGAGCGACAAAAACGACAAUCUUAAAGAAUUGUAUAAGCGACUCGGUAUUUGCGGUACUCUUACCGAACGGAUGAAAUCAGUGAAUGCACUACUUACUGACUUUAUUUGCGAGGUAAAUAUAGAUCAGAUUUUGGUUAAGGAAGAUGCUUCCACGGCAGAGCCGGACUUCAAACGCGGCUAUGGACGCAUUUCGUCGAAAUCUCUCGACUAUAUUUGCAGAGUUGGAAAGUUGCAAAAAACAGCAGCUUUAAAGGUUGUUCAUGGGAGAUAUACUGGAAUUAUUGUUCUCGAUCCAGAGCUAGAAGGUCUCCAAAUUAUUUACCGUACGUCACAACGCAUUCUAAAUUGCGACAGCAAUAUUAUCUACAUUGUAUCUACUGCCAACUGUGAGCCAGCACUAUUUGACAAGGUACUUUUGUCGACCCUGAGCAGUAAACAAGAUGGACAUUGCCCUGAAAUCAGCAUCGGUAAAUUUGAAGCGUUGGUGUCGAAUACAUUUGCUGAGUCUGCCGCUUCAUUUCUCAGUGAGCCGCCUGAAUUGGCCUCUGAAAUCGACAAAUUGUUAUCUCGCACAGGAGCCAAAAUGGCGGAGUUAUUUCACUAUGACGUACGGAACGACGUGUUGUUUCGACAAACCCUCAAAUGCAAUCAGUUAAAGCGGAUUCGCAAUUUGAAGGAGCUGAAAUUAAAUAUUCCAGGAACGUUCCGAUUGAUGCCGGUCGUAGAUGAAUACGGAGUUCUCGAGGAAGGACAAAUUUACGUUCGAAUAGGGAAUAUCGGUAACGAAACAAAGUCUCUGUCAGGUUGCAAACUUAUGGUGGCUCGCAAAGAUGCUAUGCACCCAUCUGAGAUUCGUGUAUUUAAAGCCGUCGAAACUAACCCAGAGACCGACAAACUGCAGCACCUGACUGAUUGUGUGGUAUUUUCAGCAAAGGGAAGCACGCCCCCGUUGAAACAUUUCUGUUCUAAUAAUGAUUUUCCAGGUGAAUCUGACGUCAUUCUUAUUGCAAACGAAGAUUUCCUAUUUAAACAAAACACUAAUGAACUCAAGACUACCCUUGAAGUUAAUACACUUCCUUGUGAAGACAAAAGUCUCCUAAGCCAUUAUUUUGAUUGCCUCAAGUUCGUGGUAGCAAAUAACAUAGCCGAGGUUUUUUGUGCCCUCUCGGACCGUCUUCCAACUGGCGCGAACUCUAACGCAUGCGCAAAAGUACGCGCGAUUCGAGAUCAGUUUGAAAAGUUCUUUUGGGGUACUGGUGGUGAACCGGAGCCGCUUAUAGAGUUGACUACAUACCCCGAUUUUCUUCAAAGAAUGUCGGACAAGGGAAGUUAUUGCUCCGACAAAGCCUUAGGGGCAUGCUGUAGACAACUGCGUCUGAUAGAUAUUCAAGGUUUAACGAGUAAAGGUUUUUGUAAGCUGGAAAUAGAUAAUCUCAGAACAGGACAAAAUGCGCUACUCAGUGAGCUCGAGUCGAAUGAAGAGUUCCACAAGGAAGCUGCCAAAACCAUGGCUAUGUAUACGAAACGCCUCAGAGCCCUCGAAGCCAUGUACGGGCUUACCACAGAAGAAGUUCGUACAGGGAUAAUAUUUACACUUCCUGAGUCAAGGUGCCCGCCCAGCCGAGUUGCACGACUCGAGUCAACGAUGCGCUGUUAUAUGCGGCACCUGUCGUCAAUCAUAGAGGAGCGAUUCAGUCGCUCGAAAAUGCGCUUGACGAAAAUGGAAUGUGCGGCCAAGAUGUCUGCCUAUUUUGCGCAGGCCAUCGAGAAGCUGGAUGAUGGGGGCUACGGGUUGCCGUGGCUGUUGCCAAACCAGAUGCUAAUGUUGCUUGCUAGCGUAAACUUAACACCUGCAUCGAUAUAUACCGACGACUUCGUUCAAAAAUACUUUUUGAAGAACAGAAAGGAUACAGAUAGCUUAUUCGAUUUACAACUACGAAUAGAAGAGCAAGUUAUGUUACUAAUAGGAAGGUGGGUCAAGAAACACUUGAAUCUGAUAGUCUUGAAACGUGACGAUAAAGACUUAGUUGAAGAUUUGCUGACAGAGUUAGUGCAUAAGGCAUUUAUGCAAGCUUGGGAUCAUCUUUGGCUUGCGAAAAAAACGGAUUCGCAUGAACGUCAGCUUGAAAGCUUGAACCAAUUUCUAAACAAUCCGCAUGUUUCUACGCAGCUGCUAUCAUGUAUUCUCAGGGAAGUAAUACUGGACGGAGAGAAUACCCAAUCAGGGUUCCACUCCAAUGAUUUGAAUAGACAUCGUUUCAUAGAGAUGUCUUUGAAGUCACUGUUGUGUAACGUUCUGGUGAAGGCAGCUAUUCAAGGCUCGUUUAAACCGCUCAUCGAGAGAAGAUCAGUCCUUCAUAGCAAGAUCGUGAGCGGCGUUUUCCUUUUACCACUAAGUAAUUCAGAGCUGGACGAAAAGUACGUCAGGUAUACCCAAGGAAACCUAGAAGAGUUCACGGAAAUCCUGCAGGAAUACAGCGCGUGCAACCAGGUACAAGUUAAAGUACUUCCGCCGGGCGAACGGGAUGAUAAUGCCUUUGAAGAGGUGUUUUAUGAAGGGGAGUGGUUCACGGUAGAAAACCUAAAGACAAUCAUGUUAUCCCUUGAUUUCCGCAGAAUCAUAUGUACCUUGUUUGAAGACAAGUAUAAGAUUCACCAUCGAGAGCAAGUACCAGGACCACUGCGUGAAAGCUUUUACGACGAUGAGCUGUAUUAGUGCCGCUAAUGCUUCAUUUACAUAUGUAACCUCCUCCGCUAAGCAGAAGCGAGACCACUUUCAAACAGGUGUUCUAUGAAGAGGACUCGGUGGGCUUUAUUUUAUUACAAUUUUU